AAAAAAUGUCUCAACAAGCGCCACUCUCAAACUCUUCUAGUAGCACGGAUCAAGAAAAUUCAGAUGAUCUGAAGAAAACAACAACCAAUAGAAAUACAUUAACUGUAACUGAUAAUCGUACUGGAAAGACCUAUGAAGUUCCUGUAGAGGAUGGUUAUUUUGUAAAUUCUACUUCGUUUAAACAAAUGGUGACUGAUGGAGAGGAUAAGAAUGGUAUUAUGUGUUUUGAUCCUUCUUUUAUGAAUACAGCAGUUGCUGAUUCAAAGAUUUGUUAUAUUGAUGGUGAAGCAGGAGAAUUACGUUAUAGAGGAUAUAAGAUUGAAGAAUUGGCUGAAAAAUCAUCAUUUCUUGAGGUUGCAUACUUGUUGAUUUAUGGUGAAUUGCCAACUCAAUCUCAAUAUAACGAUUGGUGUCAAAAGAUUACUACCCAUACUUUUAUUCACGAAAAUUUGGUUUCCAUGUUGAAGACUUUCCGUUAUGAUGCUCACCCUAUGGGUAUUCUUAUUUCAGCAACAUCAGCUCUUGGUACUUUCUAUUCCGAAGCCAAUCCAGCUCUUGUUGGAACUGAUGUUUACAAAGAUGAAAAUAAGAGAAAUAAGCAAAUUUUCAGAUUGUUGGGUAAAGUUCCAACUAUUGCUGCUUGUGCCUAUCGCCACAGAAUUGGUCGUCCUUACAAUACUCCAGUGAAUCACUUGUCCUAUACUGAAAAUUUCUUGUACAUGUUGGAUAGACUUUCUGAACCAAAUUAUCGUCCUCAUCCAAGAUUGGCAAAAGCUCUCGAUGUCAUGUUCAUUCUCCAUGCUGAUCACGAAUUGAACUGCUCAACUGCUGCUAUGCGUCACGUUGGUAGUUCACUUGUAGAUCCAUAUACUGCUGUUUCUUCAUCUGCAAGUGCAUUGUAUGGACCAUUGCACGGUGGUGCCAAUGAAGCAGUUCUUCACAUGUUGGACGAAAUUGCCAAACCAGAAAAUGUUCCUCAAUUCUUACAAGAUGUCAAGGCAAAGAAACGUAAAUUGAUGGGAUUCGGACAUAGAGUUUACAAGAAUUACGAUCCAAGAGCAAAGAUUUUGAAAGGAGUUGCCAAAGAAGUUUUUGACAUUUGUGGAAAGAGCAAAUUGUGGUCAAUUGCUGAAGAAUUGGAAUCCCAAGCUCUCAAGGAUGAUUACUUUGUUUCUAGAAGAUUAUUCCCUAAUAUUGACUUUUAUUCUGGACUUAUUUAUAGUUCUCUAGGUUUCCCAACUGAUAUGUUCCCUGUACUUUUUACAAUUCCUCGUGUUGCUGGUUGGUUAGCUCACUGGAGAGAAAUGGUCAUGGAUCCAAAUUUGAAGAUUUUCCGUCCUAGACAAAAGUACACUGGCCAUGGACUGAGAGAUUAUGUCGACAUUGAAAAGAGAGAACCUGAAUCUCCAUAUGUUCACACCUAUUUUUCACAAUACUCAACCAGACGUAAUAUUACUGAAUCUUAUUGGAAUGAUGUAAAUAAGAGAGAUGUUUUUGAUUCAGAUGGAGAAGAAAACUCUGAAUUUGAUAAUGUAAACUAAAUAUUCUAAACUAGUCACUUGUAAAAUAACACCUCCUUAAAUGUACAUUAUGCCAUACAAUAAUUUAAUGAAAUUGAAAACUG